UCACCGAGUACCACGGAUUAGAGCUAGUGUUUAUUUUCAGUAAAUUCAUGAAAACCGUGACCACCUCAGUCAUCUUCUCAUUUUCACUAUGACUGAUAACGCAUCGUUCUACUUCCUGUUUGUGCGGGAAGUCGGUGAGUAGAAAAAAAUCUGUUGAGCUCCGCCUGUCUGCGUCUCUGCGGGAUUUGUUUUCCUCCAUCCUCUAUCCUCCUGCAUUGAUGUCCCUGCCUGGCUUGGGCGGCCUUGGUGCUCGCUUUGUGGGCUGCAAGUAGAUCCGGCGCGUCGGUGCAGGUCGUGGAUCAUCGUCAUGGUGCAGAAAUCACGGAACGGCGGGGUGUUUCCCGGAGCGCAGGCCGACCACAAGAAGCUGAAGGUCGGCUUCGUGGGUCUAGAGGCCGGCGGCACCGAGUCCAGCAGGGAUGGUGCUCUGCUCAUAGCAGGUGAGGGGGGGGGGGCUCGGCGCCAGCGCAGUAGCGUCUCUGGAGGAAAGAAGCCUCCUAAAAGAAAUGCCCUCUACAGACGACUUCAGAACUUCCUGUACAAUGUGCUGGAGAGGCCGAGAGGAUGGGCGUUCAUCUACCACGCCUAUGUGUUCCUGCUGGUGUUCUCCUGCCUGGUUCUGUCUGUGUUCUCCACCAUCAAAGAGUACGAGAAGGGAUCAGAGGAUGCGCUCUACAUCCUGGAGGUUGUCACCAUUGUGGUGUUCGGGGUGGAGUACAUGGUGAGGAUAUGGGCUGCAGGUUGUUGUUGUCGCUACAGAGGAUUGAGAGGACGACUCAAGUUUGCCAGAAAACCGUUCUGUGUCAUUGACAUCAUGGUAUUAAUUGCGUCCAUCUCCGUUUUGGCUGCGGGCACUCAGGGGAAUGUCUUUGCUACGUCAGCAAUCCGGUCUCUUAGGUUCCUUCAGAUCUUAAGGAUGAUCCGGAUGGAUCGACGAGGAGGAACCUGGAAACUGCUGGGAUCAGUGGUAUAUGCUCACAGCAAGGAGCUGAUCACGGCCUGGUACAUCGGCUUCCUGUGUCUGAUUCUGGCCAGUUUUCUUGUUUAUUUGGCAGAAAAAGAAGAUAACAAACAGUUUGAGACUUACGCCGAUGCCCUGUGGUGGGGACUGAUCACCUUGACAACCAUUGGAUAUGGAGACAAGUUUCCCAUCACCUGGAACGGUCGACUUCUAGCAGCAACAUUUACUCUAAUUGGAGUUUCAUUCUUCGCUCUGCCUGCUGGCAUCCUGGGUUCUGGUUUUGCUCUGAAGGUUCAGGAGCAGCACCGACAGAAGCACUUUGAGAAGAGACGAAACCCAGCAGCUGGACUUAUUCAGGCAGCAUGGAGGGUGUAUGCUACGAAUUUGAGCCGAACAGAUUUGACUUCAACCUGGGAUUAUUACGAGAGGACAGUGUCUGUGCCCAUGUACAGGCUGAUUCCUCCUCUCAACCAGCUGGAUUUAUUGAGGAACCUCAAGAACAAGUCUGGACUCUCUUUCAGGAUCGAGAGGAGUUUGACCAGCAUUCUCCUCUCAGCUACAGCAUGUAGGAAGGAUGUUCAGCCUGAACCAUCUCCCAGUCAGAAGGUUAGUCUUAAGGAGAGGGUCUUCUCAUCUCCUCGCAGUUCAGGAACCAAAGGGAAAGGUUCUCCUCAGAAUGUUCCUUCUGCCGUCCCUGGUGUUACUCCUGGUGUCAGUGCUAGUCCCAGUUUGGGUCCUGGUGUUCCUGGCGGCCCUGUCCAAGCCCUGCGACGUUCCCCUAGCAUAGAUCCCAAUCUGGAGGAGAGUCCCAGUAAGGUUCCAAAGAGUUGGAGCUUCGGAGAACGCAGCAGAACUCGGCAGGCCUUCAGGAUCCGGGGAGCUGCCUCUCGCCAAAACUCUGAAGUGCUGAUAGAGAUGCAGGAUGAAGAGUUCAGACAGAAGAGCUCCCCAGAAGCAAGCCUACCGGGAGAGGAUAUGGCUGAUGACAACAAGAGCUGCCACUGUGAGUUCGUCCCUCAGGAUCUGACCCCCGGGAUCAAGGUCACCAUCAGAGCCAUCUGCAUCAUGCGUUUUAUGGUGUCAAAGAGGAAGUUUAAGGAGAGCCUUCGUCCCUAUGAUGUGAUGGAUGUGAUAGAACAGUAUUCAGCUGGACACCUGGACAUGCUGGCCCGCAUCAAGAACCUUCAGUCAAGGGUGGAUCAGAUUGUUGGCAGAGGAACGCCAAUUGCUGACAAGGACCGGCCCAAAGCAGCCAAUGAGGAGGUUCCUGAGGACCCCAGCAUGAUGGGGCGGCUGGGAAAGGUGGAGAAGCAGGUUCUGUCUAUGGAGAGAAAGCUGGACUUCCUGGUCAACAUCUACAUCCAGCGAAUGGGGAUUCCUCAGUCUGAAACCAAUGCAUACUUUGGAUCUAAGGAGCCAGACCCGGCCCCACCAUACCAUAGUCCAGUAGAUCACCUCGAGAAGAGCCAAUCCAUCACUAAGAUCCUGCAGGUGUUGCCUGGUGACCAUGUAGAGAAGACCCGUGUGACGAAGAUGGUCCGCUCCAGCAGCUCCACCGGACACAGGAACUACAAUGCCCCCACCUGUCCCCCCUCUACCUCCUGGCAGCCAAUCAGCUCCCAGCUCCACCAGCAGCCUCUGGCUCAACGCAGCCAUGGCAACACUCCUAGUCCAGUAGGAGAUGCAUCACUGGUGCGACUUCCACCUCCACCAACAGGAGAGAGACAUGGUGGGAAUCGAUCAAACCGUCACAGUGUUGGAGACCGAGGGGGCGGAGACAGACCAGAGAAGAGAAGUGAGGGAACCAAUGAGGCUGCGGCAACAAAGGAGGUGAAACCAUCUAGUGAUACCUCCAUCUCCCUCCAGUCAGUGGACCACGAGGAGCUGGAACGCUCCAUCAGUGGAUUCUCUACCUCCCAGUCUAGAGAGAACCUAGAUUUUCUCAACAAUGGAUUCUACACACCAGCCUCCAACCUAGGAGACCUCCAAACAGGCAGCACUGCUCGCUGUGCAACUGUCAGGCCGUACAUCGCUGAAGGGGAGUCAGACUCUGACUCAGAACUCUGUGCCCCCUCACCACACACAGAGCAGGCCUGGACUGGAACCAAGUAGAUCAAGUUUAAACUUGAUCUACAUAUCUGGAGCUGGACAUUUAGAGUGAAGAAUCAUGGGAACUGUUGUCACCACUGUCACACAAAAAUGUUUUCAGAUUUGUCUUGAUUGGUUCAUAGCUUAGAUACUAGCUUGUUGCUAUGUUAACAGGCUCAGAGGAAUGUUGUUUAAUUUCCAAAAAUAGUAACUGACAUGUUACCAUAGCAACAGAUAGCAAUGCUAAGGACCUAAAGCAUUUAAUUUUUGUCAGGCCAAAAAUGUGAAUCUUAUUUGAACAGGUUUAAAUUAGCUGCCACUUAUUAGCUAUGGAUGUGUAACAGGCUAUGGAGAAGCUAUUAAGAACUCUGCUGUUGAUACUACCAGGCUAAUACUAACAACAUACAACAAUUUAAUCCUGACAGACUUCCUGCCAAGGUAUGGUUACUGAACCAAUUUUGAUCAAUCCCGCACGAUGUGAAUGUUGAUAUGUGUUUUAUUUUAUUGUACCUAUCUGUAAUGUAUAUAAAUAAAUAUCAGAUUAAGGAUGUGUCAUAA